UCACAUCCCUAUUGCUGCACUCCCAGUUGGACGGUUCUUAUUGGAACUUGGCUAGCACGUGUACUAAGAAAACAGAUCAAGAUCGAGAAAUGGUGGCCCAGAAUUCGGACAAAAUGAGGGCUCUGGCCCUGAAGCUCUUCGAGAUCAACGCCUUCAAGUUCGGCGACUUCAAGAUGAAGGUGGGCAUCAAUUCGCCGGUUUACUUCGAUCUGCGUGUGAUCGUCAGCUAUCCGGAUGUGAUGCAAACCGUUUCCGACCUUCUGGUGGAGCAUAUCAAGGACAAGCAGCUGACCGCCAAGCACGUGUGCGGAGUUCCCUAUACGGCGCUCCCACUGGCCACCAUCGUGUCCGUGCAGCAGGGAACCCCCAUGUUGGUCCGGCGCAAGGAGGCCAAGGCCUACGGCACCAAGAAGCUGGUCGAGGGCAUCUUCAAUGCCGGCGACACCUGCCUGAUUGUCGAGGACGUGGUCACCUCUGGAUCCAGCAUUCUGGACACGGUGAGGGAUCUGCAGAGCGAGGGCAUUGUGGUCACCGACGCCGUGGUGGUGGUGAACCGGGAGCAGGGCGGCGUGGACAACAUCGCCAAGCACGGUGUGCGGAUGCACUCGCUCUUCACGCUCUCCUUCCUCCUGAACACCCUCCACGAGGCCGGACGGAUCGAAAAGUCCACCGUGGAGGCAGUGGCCAAGUACAUAGCCGCCGUGCAAAUCAACAGCGAUGGAACCUUUGUCGGGGGCGAUAAGGCCGAUGUUGUCGGAGCCAACGACUUGCAGCGCACCAAACUGACCUACGAGAGUCGCGCUAACUUGGCCAAGAGCGCGGUGGCCAAGAGGCUCUUCAACCUGAUAGCCAGCAAGCAGACGAACCUCUGCCUGGCCGCCGAUCUGACCAGUGCUGAUGAGAUCCUGGACCUGGCCAACAAGUGCGGUCCGUACAUCUGCCUGCUGAAGACGCACGUCGACAUUGUGGAGGAUUUCAGCGAGAAAUUCAUCACCGACCUGCAAGCUCUGGCCCAGCGACACAAUUUCCUGCUGAUGGAGGAUCGCAAGUUCGCGGACAUUGGCAAUACCGUGUCGCUGCAGUACGGCAAGGGCAUCUACAAGAUUUCCAGCUGGGCAGACCUGGUCACGGCCCACACACUACCUGGACGCAGUAUUCUGCAGGGUCUGAAGGCGGGCCUUGGCGAGGCGGGAGCUGGCAAGGAGCGUGGUGUCUUCCUGCUGGCGGAGAUGUCGGCCAGCGGCAACCUGAUCGAUGCCAAGUACAAGGAGAACAGCAACAAGAUCGCCACCGAGGGCGCCGAUGUGGACUUCGUGGCCGGUGUGGUGUGCCAAUCCUCCGAUGCCUUCGCCUUCCCCGGCCUCUUGCAGCUGACACCCGGAGUAAAGAUUGACGAGAGCGUGGACCAGCUGGGCCAGCAAUACCAGAGCCCAGAGCACGUGGUCAAGGAGCAAGGAGCCGAUAUCGGAGUGGUCGGCAGGGGUAUCCUGAAGGCCAGCAGCCCGGAGCAGGCGGCCCAGACCUACCGCGAUCGCCUGUGGGCAGCCUACCAGGAUAGGGUGGCCAAAUAGAAGACACAGCCCAGCCAUUCCUCUAAUCCAGUCGUCGGCAGCUUCCCAUUAAGCGGGCAUAGGGACUAGUUCUGCCGACGCACAAACAGUGUACAACAGCGGUCGGCACGCACAUGUCGGUAAGCUGCCCCGUGCAAAUUACUCACGCAAAUGAAAGACAAAAUGUCAUCAUAUUGCGUGCCGACCGUUGCUCUAAUCAAAUAUUCCCACACCCAUUCCCCCGGUUUCGGUUACCCUAGUUAAGUGAAAAACUUUUAAAUUCUUUUCCAUGAUUUUACAAUGCAUUUAUGAAUUGAAAAUAGGCUAUGAAUCUUCCAUAGAAAAGUUGGCGAACGUGGUUUGCCUUAAGUUAAGAGUUACAACAAAUAGAAUGGUUAACAAUCGAUGUGAAAUGCUUCGGCGACGAGGAGAUCCUUAGUAGGAGGCCAGGCACUGCAAGACGUAGCUGUAGUCUCCGGAGAUGUCGUCCUGAAAACAGAGUCAAGAGGGAGCAGGAUGGUGAAUGAGACCCAGUUUUGCCGUUGAAUGUAAGCCAACUUUAUUAGUUAGUACAAGCACAAACUAUGCAUACGAGUUCGAUGCAGAAUAAUUUACAAAAAAAGGACAUGUAUACAAAAU